UGCAGCAGGCAAAGAACAGUCCUUCAUUUUGGUGCACAUGUAACCGACUUGACCUCUCCGGCUGUGGCACAAUUAACGCGCUCAGUUCUUCUUGCUCGUAUUUUUUCUAUCAGUAUCGUCAGAGUAGGAAGAGCAGACAAUAGUCUCACAAACAGCACAGACAUUAGGUGAAUUAUCAUUCCGCUGUGUUAGGGUAAAUACGUGUAGGACUGAUGGCUGCGGUAUCGGCUCUGUCUCCAGACGCUGGGCCUGUGGAUACUCGACCACCUGAAGACGACAUCGAAGGAGACGAUGAUGAUGAUCUAGAUGAAACCUUGAUGGAGAGGCUAUGGGGAUUAACAGAGAUGUUUCCUGAUACACUGCGCUCAGCAGCAGAAGUAUCAGCACAGUGCUCGCUGUCCCUUGCGAAAAAAGUUUACAGCUUCUCCCGUACUGCUCUGUGGAUCGGCACUACAUCAUUUAUGAUCCUGGUACUCCCAGUCGUGUUCGAAACAGAGAGACUACAGCUGGAACAACAACAGCUACAGCAACAGAGACAGAUCCUGUUGGGGCCAAAUGCAGGAAUAUCUGGUGUUAUUCCAGGAAUGGCACCUGUUGCUCCUGGAAAGGUCUGAAGAAGUGGCUCAUACCCCCCGUUGUUAAGCUGCAGUUAACAGAGGACUCGGAAAUGAGUCGUCUCGGUGGGGAAGAAGAGGAGACAUGAGCCGGCUUCUUUCAUAAAAUCAGUCAUCCAAUUUCCAAUGUUUUUUUUUUUUAUUAUUAUUAUUAUUUCUUUGGUUUUGUCGUUACAUGUGCCUGAAGAAAAACAAUUACUGUAGUGCAAACGUACACACACACGUCAUAUGUAUAUCUUUGUUUGAACAUGCAUCAGUCAAAAUAAUUUGAGGGUUAAAUUAUGAAUGUCUUGCUCCUUCAGAAAGAUCAGUGGAUUUUGGUUGUCUGUCUUUUUUAUUAUGAAUGUUUAAGGCUCCUAAAGUAAGAAUUAUUUUAAUUGAAGCAGAAGUUGUAACAAACACAAUACACUAGAAAUGGCGACAGAUGUUGUAUAUUCUUUAGUCAACGUGUCUACUUUCUCCAGAGGGACAGAAACAGAGAAGGGCCUCAGUGUUACAAAGGCGUCAUACAAUUCUUUCCUAAAUAAGGAUUCUGCAUUCGUUUUAAUACUUCUCUGCAACAUUUUACAAGAACAUCUGUAACACUUCCAUAGAAAAUCCUUCCUCCCUGCUUCUCCAGGAAGUCUUCAGAAUAUCACUGUAUAUUUGACAUGUCUUCAGAAAUUAAACAAACAAACAAA